UUGAGCUCCAAGUUGAGUAGGAAAUCAUCUCGAAAAUAUCUUCGUGCUGGUGCUAAGGAUACGCACAGUUAUGUGGGAUUCGCAAAUUUUCCAAAUCAGGUUUUCCGACGUGCUGUCAAAAACGGUUUUGAGUUCACGCUCAUGGUUGUUGGACAAUCCGGUUUGGGCAAGUCGACAUUCAUAAACUCGCUAUUCUCGACCGAAAAAACGCUUGCGCCAACGACUCAAAUCGAAGAGAAAACCGUCCGGCUGGUAGAGAACGGUGUGGCGUUGAACCUGACUUUGGUGGAUUGUCCAGGAUUUGGCGAUGCUAUUGACAAUAAUAAAUGUUGGGAGCCAGUUGUGGAUUUUGUGGAGCGAAAAUACUUGGAGUAUUUCUCAGAGGAGACGAAAAUCGAACGAUGUGCAAUCAUUCCAGACAAACGUGUUCACUUGUGUCUCUAUUUCAUAGCACCGACUGGACACGGAUUGAAGCAAUUGGAUAUUGAAUUCAUGAAACGUUUGCAUGAACGUGUAAACGUGAUUCCAGUUAUUGCGAAGGCUGAUACGAUGACUGCUGAUGAGUUGAUUAGAUUCAAGGCACAGAUAACGAAGGAAUUGAACGAAAACAACAUCAAACUGUAUAAAUUUCCUGAAAUAGAGGACGAAGAUGAGAAGAAACAGUUCGAUCCACUUAGAGAGCGAGUCCCGUUUGCCGUCAUUGGUAGCAAUCAGGUGAAAGAAGUGAACGGGCGUCGAAUUCGUUAUCGUGAAUAUCCGUGGGGAGUGGUCGAGGUGGAGAAUUUAAAGCACAACGAUUUUAUUGCACUUCGAGACCUGAUUAUAAGGUGCGGAAAUUUAUUCGAUUAUCAUUUCAGACUUUUAGCUGGUUCAGUAGAUAAUUGUUUUGAUGUAGACUUCAAGAGAAUGGUAUUGAGUUCAGUGAUCAUUUCUUGA